AUGGAAGCCAGGAAUGUCACCCACACAGGUGAGUAUUUCAUCCUGCUGGGACUUGCAGAAGCUCCAGAACAUGAGACAAUUCUCUUCAUCCUCUUCCUCCUCAUGUACAUGGUCACCACUGUGGGGAAUCUGCUCAUCAUCUUGGCCAUCAGCACCGACCCCCACCUGCACACCCCCAUGUACUUCUUCCUGGCCCACCUGUCCCUGGUGGACUUCUGCCUGGCCACCAACACGGUGCCCAAGAUGCUGGCCAACAUCCAGACGGGCAGCAAGGCCAUCUCCUACGUGAGCUGCCUCACCCAGAUGUACUUCUUCCACUUCUUCGGCAUCGUGGACAGCGUCCUGAUCGCCGUGAUGGCCUACGACCGCUUCGUGGCCAUCUGCCACCCGCUGCACUACAGCACCAUCAUGAGCCCGCGCGUGUGUGCGCUGCUGGUGGGCGGCCCCUGGCUCUGCUCCGGCAUCCUGUCGCUCACGCACAUCCUGCUCAUGGCCCGCCUGGUCUUCUGCGCGCGCCACGAGCUGCCCCACUACUUCUGCGACCUCACGCCCAUGCUGCGGCUCUCGUGCUCGGACACGUUCGUCAACCGCGCCUUCGUGCUGGCCGUGGCCGGCCUGGUCAUCGCCGCCCCCUUCGUGUGCAUCCUGGCCUCGUACGCGCGCAUCCUGGCGGCCGUGCUCAAGGUGCCGUCGGCGGGCGGCCGCAGGAAGGCCUUCUCCACCUGCAGCUCGCACCUGUCCGUCGUGGCCCUGUUCUACGGCACCACCAUCGGGGUCUACCUGUGUCCCUCGUCCGUGCGCACGGCCGUGAAGGAGAAGGCCUCGGCCGUCAUGUACACGGCCGUCACCCCUAUGCUCAACCCCUUCAUCUACAGCCUCCGCAACCGGGACAUGAAGGGGGCCCUCAGGAAGUUGGUGCGCAGGAAGGUCAGCGUGUCCGCCUGA